AUGUUGACACGAGCAUUCCUUCGUUCCGCAAGGAAUGGUGCUGCAAGGAGAAGCGUUGGCUUGAACAAAACAACGUCAUCAUCAGCAACAGCAGCACUCAUUGCUCCUGCCUCCUCAUUGACAAGAGUCCUCUCCACCAUCCCAGGAGGUUCCAAUUUGUCAUCCUUUUCAGAUCCUUCGCCUUCCCUCUUUCCAGUGCAGCCUUUGAAUGCUUCUGCAACGAGUAUCGAUGAAGUCGACAAGGACGCUUCUCUUCGAAGUGACAUUCGCACCAUGGGAAGCAUUCUAGGAAAGAUCAUCGUGGAAAACGAAGGCGAAGAAACCUAUGAAAAAGUUGAAACCAUGCGACUUUUGGCCAAGAAAUGGCGAGGCGACAAGGGACCUGACAGAGAUCAAGUCAGUUUCCAAGAGCUUGGCUCCUUUGCUUCCAAGCUCAGUGACGCUGAACUCUACACCAUUGGCCGGGCCUUUACUCAUUUCCUUGCCAUUGCCAACGCGGCCGAAGCCCACCAUCGGAUUCGCCGAUUGAAAGAUACUGGGUUGGAAGAUGGCGUUGCUGGUGGGGGUGCCUUUUAUCCCAAACCGGACUCGAUCGGGGGUGCCAUUCCGAAUUUGUUGGAUGCUGGCAUCCCCGCCGACGAGAUCUUUGAGGCUCUCUGCAACCAAACGACCGAGCUCGUCUUGACGGCCCACCCGACCGAAGUCAAUCGUCGGACGACUUUGGACAAGCACAAGCGCAUCCAAGAGAUUUUGACCAAUUCCGAUCGACUCCGAGCCACCGGAGGAGGCAACUCCUUUUUGCAAGCCGAGUACGACAAGGCACUCUGGCGCGAAGUCUCGAGUUUGUGGCUUUCCGAUGAAGUCUCUCGAGCCAAACCGACACCCGAAGACGAAGCCGAACGAGGAACGCUUGUCAUUGAAGCCGUUCUUUGGGACGCUGUCCCCCUCUUUUUGAGGAAAUUGAAUGCUACCACGGAAGAAUUCCUCGGCAAGACUUUGCCACUCGCCUCCAAACCAAUUCGCUUUGCCAGUUGGAUGGGAGGAGACCGAGAUGGUAACCCAAAUGUCAAACCCGAUACCACCCGCAAGGUGUGUCUGCGCAACCGCGCCAAGGCUGCGUCCUUGUUUGCCAGAGACUUGGAAAAGCUCUCCAAGGAACUAUCCAUUACCAAAUGUUCGGACGAGCUCCGAGGAGUUGUCGGGGACGUUCGUGAACCCUACCGUGUCUUUUUGAAGCCCAUGAUUGAGAAACUCCACCGCACCCAAGCUUGGGCCGAACAAGAACUUGCCCACUUGGACGAGGAACAUCCUACCGCCCGUCAUCUUGACAAGGUCUCCGUCGAUGAAAUUUAUGUCGAAAAGAAGGAGUUCUAUGACGAACUCCUCUUGAUUAAAGACUCUCUGGCUGCCACCAACAAUGAAUUUGCGUCCGGAGGCAUGAUCACAGACAUUUUGAGAAAGCUCUCGGCCUUUGGAUUGACUCUCAUUCCUCUCGACAUUCGACAGGAAUCCACAAGACACGAGGAGGCCCUCGAUUGUACUACCAAAUAUUUGGGAUUGGGAAGCUAUUCGGAAUGGGACGAACAAGCGAAAAUUGAAUGGCUUUGCCAACAAAUUGCCUCCAAACGACCACUACUACGAUCGGGAGUCUGGCACGAACACCCCGAAGUCUUUACUGAAACGGCAUGUGAUACUUUGGAAAUUGCCAAAAUGGUGGCCGAACAAGGUGAAGACAGUCUUGGAGCCUACGUCAUUAGUCAGGCAACACAUGCCAGUGAUGUCUUGGCGGUUCUUUUGUUGCAAUUGGACGCUGGAGUCAAGAAACCCCUUCGAGUCGCUCCCUUGUUUGAAACUUUGGAUGAUCUGAAUGGUGCACAUGAUACCAUGCAAAAGCUCUUUUCGCUACCAGUAUACAUGGGCUUUAUCAACGGAAAGCAAGAAAUCAUGAUUGGAUACUCUGAUUCGGCUAAGGAUGCUGGUCGUUUGAGUGCCGUUUACGCACAAUUCGAGACCCAAACCGAUCUUGCCAAUUUGGCCAAGGAUGCUGGAGUUGACGUGACAUUCUUCCAUGGAAAGGGUGGUACCGUCGGAAGAGGUGGAAACCCCGCAGUCUUUGACGCCAUCAUGUCGCACGCACCCAAUACGAUCCAAGGAAAAUUCCGAGUGACCGAACAAGGUGAAAUGAUUCAACAGAACUUUGGUCAUGGCGACCGUGCCGAACGUACCAUGGAUGUGUACACGGCUGCCGUUCUAUCCGAGAAGGUCACCAAACGCGAAUCCCCACCCCAGGAAUGGCUGGAUCUCAUGACGGAGCUUUCCGAUAUCAGUUGCGAAGCCUACCGUAAGAUUGUCCGAUACGACGAUCGCUUUGUACCAUACUUCCGCAAGGCGACACCCGAAAUGGAGUUGGCCAAUUUGAACAUUGGGUCUCGUCCUGCCAAGAGAAACCCAACGGGAGGAGUCGAAAGUUUGCGAGCCAUUCCAUGGAACUUUGCCUGGACGCAAACUCGUUGCAAUCUUCCAACUUGGCUCGGUAUUGCAGCUGCCAUUGAGGAAACCCAAAAGGAUGACCAAAAGGCAAAGGUCUUGCAGGACAUGUACCAGGGAUAUGAUUCAUUCCGAACCAUGAUUGAUUUGGUCGAAAUGGUGCUAGCAAAGUCAGAACCAGACAUUGCCAAGCAUUAUGACGAUAUGCUUGUCGAUGACCCCAAGGCACAAGAACUUGGUAAUGAAGUCCGUGCCAUCCACUUGGCCACCGAAAAGGCCAUUCUGGGCAUUACCGGUCACAAGACACUUGGCUCCAACAAUAAGAUUUUGGAGCGAGCACUUCUUGUUCGCAACCCCUAUGUGGACUGUUUGAAUAUUUUGCAGGCUGAAACCCUCAAGCGCAUUCGAAAGACUGAGGCUGGAGAAGAAGGAAUCUUGAAGGAUGCUCUGCUCACCACUAUUACUGGAGUAGCAAAUGGAAUGGGAAACAGUGGAUAG